AUGCCGGCUGCAGCUGGGGGCAGGGAUGGCCCGCCGGCGACGUCGGGUUCCGAGGCUGGGGUCUGGUUCAUCCGCCAUCACCGCUGCGAGGGCCGAUCUCAGGGGCGGCGCCGGCUCCUGGCGCUCGCGGCCGCGGCCGCCGCCCCGCUGCGGGCCGCGGCGGCUGGGUGGCAGGGCUGUGGCCUGCAGAACUUGCUGGAGAGGCACCUGGCGUACGUGGACCACAGCGGCGCGGAGAUGCGCACCUACGCCGAGAGGAACCCGCUGUGGAGGGCCGAGAUGCUCUCGGCGGCUGCGUACCAGCGGAACUGCACGCGCCGCGUGGGGGGCCGGUAUUGGAUCGCGACCACGAGGUUCCUCGACAACUUCACGGACGCGUGGAGCGGGGAGAGCAUGGGCACCCACCUCGGCUUCUCGCGCGGGGACGGCAGCGCCAUCAACGGCAUGUGCGUGCCUGCCCCGUGCUCCGAGCUCAGGGUCCGCGAGGUGAUGGUCCCGCUGCUCUGGUACUUGAGGCUCUUCGGGUCCAUCCGCGACAUCACGAUGCCAGAGGCCGCCAUGCGGUUCAAGCUGAACAUGCAGGACCGACCAGAGGUGGUGGACAAGAUCUUCAAGGACGAGCUUCCCCAGGUUCGGCGGCUGCUCGACGUGGAGGUCGAGGAGGCUAGCAGCUGGAGCGAGCUCGACGUCUCCUGGGCCAUCCUGGGCUUCGCUGGCUCUGGUACCAGCACCCUGGCUUGGAACCUGCACCAGCACCCCGAGCUGGAGCUGCUAUACGACCCCGCACAGAUGAGCGUCGGCGAGGAGCACUUCUUCCUCUACGACCGGACCUCGCACCUGCCGAACCAGAGGGAAGUCUUCGAGUUCAACGCCCAACGCCGGAAGCCUGGACACCAGCGGCUGCUGCGUGGCGUGAAGCGCCCCAGCUACAUCGAGUCGCCCGCGGCGCUGGCGCGCCUCGCCCAGAUCCCUGGACUGAUCGGCAUCGCUCAUG